ACUCAGUGAGAGAGCGAAUUUUAAAAAGAAUGUUGUUUCGAGUCUUCUUUAUUAUCCUAUUUAUUUAGGUUUAGGCCUACUCGUUAAUGAUGGCGCUUCACUUAUUUUUGAAAUGAAUUGCUUUUCGUUAAAAUACAAUGUUUUAGUUUGUUUGCUGUAUAGAUUCCAGGUUGGUUGGACAAAUAAUAAAAGAAGAAAUGAAAACAACAAAGGAUAUUGCCAGAGAACUUGGCCUCCUGCGUAGAAGAUCAUCGUCAACUUCCCAACAUUCCAGAGAUAUAAGAAAAGCCCAAAGUUGGUCUCAAGAAUUCUCUUUUCUGAUAGUAAUAGACUUUGAAUCAACAUGUUGGAAAGAAAAAGAGAUGAACACAUGUCAAGAAAUAAUUGAAUUCCCCGCUGUUCUUCUUAACACAUCAACUGGGGCAAUAGAAGAUGAGUUUCAUUCCUAUGUCCUUCCAAUGGAGCGACCACAACUCAGCAAGUUCUGCACAGAAUUCACUGGCAUCACACAGGCUAUGGUGGAGAGCAGUGCACCGUUGUGUGUCAUCCUGAGCCAGUUCUUGAGAUGGUUGAAGAGACUUGCUGAGAAACACAAUAUGGAAUACCAUACUGCAAAGGAGAAGCAAACGCUGUGUACUUUUGUUACUUGGUCAGAUUGGGAUCUUGGACUGUGUCUGCAUCGCGAGUGUCUCCGUAAACAGCUGUAUAAGCCAGCAAUGCUCAACAGUUGGAUUGACCUCCGAGCUACGUACAAGACUUUUUAUAAAAGGAAGCCUAAUGGAUUGAAUGGGGCACUGCAGGAUGUCGGUAUCCAGUUCACCGGAAGACAGCAUUCAGGGCUUGAUGAUGCAAAGAAUACUGCUCAGUUGGCAUGGAAAAUGAUAUGUGAUGGCUGUAGGAUGAGCAUAACUAAGGCACCACAUCAAAAAGCUGGUGUUUCUCGAGGACUUACAAAAGCAAGUAAUUCAGGGGGGAACCCUAGUGUUCCAGCAAGCUCCUCUGUGCCUGGUGCAACAAUUCUACAGACACCUAAUACAUCAGCAGGCCUGGGCUCGUCAAAUGCAUCAUUAAACAUACAUAAGUCAAGCAUGCCUGCAAGCAUACAGAGACCUAGUACGUCAAUAGGAGUGUGCAUACCUGAUGCGUCAUCAAACCUAGAAAAGCCAAGUACCUCGGCUAGCUACACCAAGCCUGGUGCUUCAGCAAGUCUACAGAGGCCUAGCAGUGCGACAAUAAUACAUAAAGCAUCAUCACACCUGCAUAAUCCAAGCACCUCAGCAAGCUUCUCUAAGCCUAGUACAACCACAAUACUACAGAGGCCUAGUACCUCAGUAGUUCCUAAUGCAUCAUCAAACCCACAGAAUCAAAACACCUUUGCUUACCCAAGGCCCACUGCCACUACAAUCCUUCAGAGGCCUAGUACAUCAAUGAGCUACUCUAAGCCUGGUAAAUCUACAAUACACAGGCCUAGUACAUCAGUAGGCGUUUGCAUGUCUAAAGCAUCAUCUAAACUAGGGAAUCCAGGCACCACAGCAAGUAUUCAGAGCCAAAUUACUCCAAAAAUCCUUCAAAGACCAGGACAAUCAGUAAAUCAUUCAGGGAAAAAUGUUCUAACGAACCUGCCUAGGUCACUAGUUUCAUCUAGCUGUCAAAUGCUGUCCAUCAGGAAUGUUUGGGAAAAGACAAUGACAAGCAGAUUUAGAACAAACAUGAUCAAAAGAAAUGGACAAAACGAUAUUCAGGGAGAAAGAAUUCACAGUACCUCAUAUGCUAGGCAAUUAUUGUGCAAUAAAAACACAGAAUUCAUAGGAAAAGACAAGCAGGUUGGUAGCAAAGAACGAGAGUCCGUUCAGAAGUCAACUUCACCUUACAGAGAAUCAAUAGAUACUUCUGAGAAUGCACUUCCUAUGUAUCAUGAUGAAGGUGUUGACCUUAAUGCUGGAUUUAUUUAUAAUGAAGAUAAAAAAGUACAAGAUAAAUCUUUAACUCCUGUUACUAAUUAUAGUGUAGGGCCUGAAAGAAAAGAAUGUAUUCAACGCAAGACAUUCAAUCCUUUGCAGAAUUAUAUUACACCAAGAAUUUUGAAACAGCCAAUGAAAACACUGUUUACAAAAGUAAAGGUAUUCCAGGCACAAAAACUUCAUUGUGACUUUGAGACUCCAGGACAAAGUAACACCAUUCUUAACUAUCUACAGCCCCACGGAAAAGUGCAUAUGGAUGGUUUGCCAACAGGAUCUCUGAAACCACUUCACCAAUCAUUGCAAGUGCCAUGCAAGGGUCAUUCUACACCAUUGACCAAACUUGCCAAAGAAUUUGCCAGUGAUCACAAAGUGGUUAGAAAGAUGACGCCUGCCAAUGUAGCUUCACGUAAUGGCAUCAUCACCACACCAACUUGGAUCUCAAGAUCAUGCACCAAAGAAAAGAUAACACCACCAAUGUGUCGGUGUGGGCGAAGAACAAGGCGAAAAAUUGCAUCAAGACCAGGACCAGAUCAAAAUAGACCAUUCUUUGUCUGUCCUAAGAGCAACGGAUGUCAGGUUAAAGAGCAGAGAGGAUGCGGCUAUUUUCAAUGGGAGUCGACUGUUAUAAAGAACAAUAUGAAUAUUUAUCAACUUAAAAAGAACAGAUUGUCAGUAGCAGUAGAAAGUUCAUCUGCUGUUCCAGCAAUUGGCACAACCCCACUAAACAGAAACUUUGAAAGUUCAAUAGGAAAAUCCCAACAAAUCAUGAAACCAUCUUUGAGAACAGCCUUCAGGAUCAAACCAUAUUAAUUUCAUGGUACUUAAUAUUUUUUAAGUGUUUUUCAAAACAGGGUUUAUAUAACUGCCAUAUAAAUCAAAUAUAAUUAAAUAAUUUUAAUUAUAAAUUACAAGAAAAUAUUUUCAUCACCAAAUAAGGGUGUUAAUACAGUUCCUAUUCCAUUAUGCCUGCCAACAAAAAUGUAAAGAUUUUAAUAGUAAAACGUCUGUAACAUAUUAUUGCAUUCGAUUUUAAAACAUGUGAUUUUAAAUUUCUUUUAUAUUUAGCAAUUUUUGAAGGGGGUGGGGCGGGUGUGGGGCAGUAUUAUUUAUAAUCACAUCAGUAAUGAUCCACAUGAUGGCAAAUAGUACACUUGUUCCUUCAGCUGCAGCCAAAAAUAAAGAAGGGAACAGCCCCUUUGUACCACAUCUCACCACUUUCCAGCAAGAAUAAAAUAUCUUCCCCCAGAAAUACAUUGUAGCAAAGAUAAUAAAUAGCAGAAGAUAGAGCAGCUUCCUAAUACUGUAUAGUGGAACAUCCAUUCGAAAGGCAUUGUGGGUACACGGAGAGCAAUUUUACCCCAUCCGCGCGGCGGCGUUAUAUAGCAAUAAUAAAGGCGCCGCUCUGGUUCGUUUGUUUCCUGUAGUUUCUUCACUUAGUAAAAUAGUCAAAUUUUACCCAAUUCGCGGGAGGGCGGAUGUUCCAUCAAUUUUAAUGUAAAUACGCGGAACAGCUCAUUCCUCUGCUAUUUAAGUUCUUUGAUUGUAUAGUGCAUCCUUCUUCUUGCGUAUGAUAUAAAUAGAUAUCUAGUUGCUAUUAAUUUUACUGGAACAGUGAUCGUAGCAGGGUCACCAACGAGCAGGUUGACAAAUUGACCCUUCCAUAUUAUACCUUUAGGUGAAGAGAGGCAAGUAUAAGUGAUGUGUCUUGCCCGAAGACACAAGCAGUGCAGCGAGCGUCGGUCUCAUACUCACGACCAGAAGUCCAACACCCUACACGCUGCGCCGCACGCUCUUACAUUGUUGUUCCAUUCCAUAUCCAGUCAGUGUGGUCAUUCUGUACGGUAGCUGGGUUUGUUCAUUUUGACUCGGACUCAAAUAAUUAAUUACAGUACUAAUUUUGCCAGUAACAUCAAAACUUUCAAUAGAGUAAUCAAGUGCAUCUGCAAUUUCGCUAAAUUUUUAACAUAGAAGGCGGCUCUUUUCUAUGUAUGCAUGGCGUAGCAAAUGGUUAAUAAUCAUUAAUUCAAAGAAUGUGUAAAGUGGAAUAGAACAUUUUUCCACCUUUUCUAUACAUUAAGUAUGUGUGGUGGUGUUGGUUUUUAUGUUCUUUCAGUCAUUAUUUGAUUUAAUUUCUAUGUUAUUAUAAAUAAAAGACCUUAUUUUAUGUUUAA